CAAGCCUCAUCCUCGUUUACACGGAGGUUGGUCUGAAGCGGUUUGGGACAAUCGAUGGUGGCCAGCUCGCCCAGGAAUCGCCUGGUUGUGAGGUGCCUGACAGAACUCAUUCUCUGCCGCUUGACCCUGCUUCUCCUUCGUCCGCCCUGCCAGCCUCGUCACGCCGAUGGAAACCCCUUCCUCACCCACACGGUUCUGCGAGUGCACACGCACUCGCGAUCGGCGUCGUCGGCGUCCGUUAUAAUGGUGUCCAACACGACCGACAGUCUCUAGACUCGAGCUACGCCGUGAACCCCGGGAUCUGGAUGACGUCCACGGAGGUCCUGUGGGCGCCGACGGUCGCGACCGCGGACGCACAUAGUUUUGGGGAACGGAAGAGCUGGGAGAAUUGCUUGCCAAUAAUUGCAGUCGUACCGUUCCUCAGCUACUCGGUACACUAUAUGCAUGGACUCACGAAUGUACAUUCAAUGCUCAAACGUUCAUAUCCCGUUUUCCCAUUGCUCCAAAAUGGAUCAAGUGAACGUAGGACGUCUCUGCCAGUCACGCUAAGCCUCCUCAAAUUCAAGCCAUAAUCGUUCCGUAGAACAGGAAUCGGAGACAGUACCCGCGCUUGACACGAACCCACCGUCCAGCUGAUAGCACCACUCCGCAUGCCGUCCACAGCUCAGCUUAACACA